AUGCCAAGUUUAAUAUCCGUUUUGAUAAGUGUUAUUCUACACGAAUAUCGGGCAGAUUUGACAGAAUAUGCCAACACCAGUGCAGCAACAGUACGAAUCGAGCAGAUGGAUUCUUAUGACAAAGCAAUAAACACGUGUCAAGUCAAUCAAUUUCAAGCAGAGAAACCGGAAAAUGAUAAUGAUUUGGAAUUCGUUAUCCAAUCCCGUUAUCUUUAUGUCCCUAUUUCUCAGUGCUUUUUCACUCUUCCUAUCUCUUUCUAUCGUUUGUCGCCCUUCCUCUCUCGGCCUAUUGUUAGUCACUCUUCCUAUCUCCCCAAUCAUUUGAUUACCUUUUCUGUCUUUCUCUAUUUUUCAUUCUUCCUAUAUCUCUGUUUUUUGGGGGGCUUUUUUUGGGGGGGGGAAACGGCUCAUUUUUGCAUUAAUAUUACUCUCAUACCUAUCUAUCUAUCUAUCUAUCUAUCUAUCUAUCUAUCUAUCUAUUGGUUUAAGUAUAUAUACUUGAUCGUAUUUGCUUCUCUCUCACUCUCUCUCUCUCUCUCUCUGUCUCAAUCUAUAUUACAAAUUUCAACCGGAAGAAACGGCUAUUCUGAUAUCUAUCUAUCUAUCUAUCUAUCUAUCUAUCUAUCUAUCUAUCUGUUUUUCAACAUUGUUCGAAAAUGGUUCUAUUUCCUUUCUCGUCAGUUGAUCGCUUCCCCUAUCUAUCUAUCUCUCUCUCUCUCUCUCUCUCUCUCUCUCUCUACUAUCUAUCUAUCUAUCUAUCUAUAG